AAAAUGGAAAAUCUAUUGAGCCAAUUAAUAUUAAAGAAGCUAUUUAUUUGAUUUCUGAUAUGUGGAAACAAGUUAUGCAUUCAAUGAUCGUACAUUAUUGGAAUAAAACAAAAAUACUUCCACUAGAGAUGAACGUAGCUGCUGAUACAAGUGAUGUUAAUGAUAUAAAUGAUCUUGAACAAUUAUUAGAAGAAUUAAAGAUGCCAUAUAAUUGUACCAAAUUAUCAGCGGAAGAAUAUGUAAACGUGAAUAAGGAAGUGCAAACAAUGGAUACACCAACUAAAGAGUCUAUUGUUAAAGAAGUUCUUAAAGAACAAGGUUUGAUUGAUAAUGAUGAUUCGGAUAGUGAGGAUGAAGCUGAGGAAGAAGUUAUAGAUGACUUGGUUACAUAUAAUGAGGGGAAAGGAGCAUUAGAAGUCACAAAAAAAUAUCUCAAGCAAUCGCAAUUU